AUGGAACGUUCAGCCCUCCAAGAUGCCUUGUUGUGGCAGCCCGUGGUGCAGCAUGAGGGCAUGGCGGGAGGCAGGAGUGGGGAAGCAGUGGGGCAGCAGUGGGACAGCAGUGGGGCAGCAGUGGGGCAGCAGUGGGGAAGCAGUGGGGCAGCAGUGGGGCAGCAGUGGGGCAGCAGUGGGGCAGCAGUGGGGCAGCAGUGGGGCAGCAGUGGGGCAGCAGUGGGGCAGACGUGGGGCAGCAGUGGGGCAGCAGUGGGGCAGCAGUGGGGCAGCAGUGGGGCAGCAGUGGGGCAGCAGUGGGGCAGACCAUGUCUCGCCAGGAGGGGAAGGCAGGCAGGCCCGCGUUGGGAAGGAACAGCAGCGUGGGGCAGUGGCAUGAGUGUGGCUGAUGGGUGCACUGGUGGGAAUGUGGGCGACGUGGGGUGCUGUGAUGGAAAGGGGAUGGGUGCUGAGGGCAAUGCGGCGAGGUGCAGGGGAGCGGCGAGCAGGCAAGGGAGGGUAGCACGUGGUGAUAGAGGCCUCGAUGGAAGUGCACUGCCACGCCUGCUGUACCGCCUGCUGCACCGCCUGCUGCACCGCCUGCUGCUUCCAGUGGUUGUGGCUUACGGGAGGAUGCAGAAGGAGAAUGCGCUUGCCGUGCCUGCAGAGGCGGUUCGGUGUGGGGGCAGUGGGGAUGAAGAGGGCGUGAGGGUGAGAAGUGAAGGCAAGGGGAUGUGUGCCACAUGGAGCAAGCACAGGGGAUGGGUGGCACAUGGUGCAAGCACAGGGGAUGGGUGGCACAUGGUGCAAGCACAGGGGAUGGGUGGCACAUGGUGCAAGCACGCAGGGCAUACAGGUGUAUGGCGCAAGGAGUGA